CAUUCCACUCGAUGCUCCACUCAAUCCAUCUUCCAUUUCUUCCAAUCUGAAAUCAUCCAAAAAUGCACGCGGCAAACUACACAAACUCGCACACAACACCAACGGAGCUCGCAGUGGCAUGUCCACCGCGGCACAAUUGCUUUCCAGCAAUGCUCAUGCAUCCAACCCGCGGUACUGGCACAAUCCUUUGCCAUGGCUGACACCGCCACAAAUGCCGCCACGCCUGGUUCCCACGUGCGCAAACGACCCACCAACAGUAGUAAAUCCAAUGGCAGAUGGUAAUACCGUUGAUAACAAAUCCAAACGACGACAAGCCGUCAAAGCACAACAAGCCGCGGCGACGGAUCCGGCACUCUCCUUGUAUUCCCAUGCUCGUCAUCACGGAUGUACCAAGGAUAUACCGAGACAUGUACUUGGCCAUAAGAACAUUCCCGAAAGUGACGCUGAAUUGCAGGCACCGCUAGUUAAACAUCAAUUGCUCGAACCGCGAGAACAAAUGAGAUGACCGCGGUUGGCAAAUAGAGCCAAUGUCGAUAAUGACGGCAAACCCAAAAAGAGACAGUAUUAUGAACGCAAGAACCAACGCAUGCCCAAUACACAUUUGGAAGGAACAGAAAUUGGUGCCGUUGUGCGGCGGGCGCAGGAAUGGCAGCAGCAAGGCAAGUCGGUGGGUGAUGGUGGAAUUUAAGAGUGCAUGUGGUAUGCCUAGCUAGCCUAGGUCGGUAAUUUUGAUUCGUCGGGUAGUCUGAUAC